AUGCGUCUAAUGAAAAUUGUUUUGACCUUAGUUUUGGUUUAUGCAACAAACGCUGAAGAUGAACAGAAAUUGAGCUGGAAGGAUGAUGAUGGACUUGAGGUGAAAAUUGUGCGUCCGAUCAAAGCAGAGAAAUGUCAGAUAAAAAGUCAACCAGGCGAUAUUAUUGACCAGUUCUAUAAACUCACCGAUGAAGAUGGAAAGGUGAUUGGAUCGAACUUUGGAAAAAAACCAUACACAUUCACUCUUGGCAAACAGCAAGUGAUCCCUGGUAUGGAAAGAGCUAUGACGGGGAUGUGUAUUGGUGAAAAAAGAAAAGUUGUAAUUCCCCCGGCCCUUGGCUUUGGAACAGGCGGCCGACCGUCUGACGGAAUUACUGGCGACCAGACACUCCAUUAUUUGGUACAACUGGUGGACAUUUUUAGACCUGUACCUGGCCCGUCUUGGACUGAUGACGACGGACUUGAAAUUGAGGUUACGCACAAAAUAGACGAAGAUAAAUGUCGUAAAUCAGAACCUGGAGAUACUAUUCAUCAGCAUUAUACUCUUCAUUUGGAGGAUGGGACAUUUGUUGACUCAAGUUUCAGCCGUAACUCACCAUUCAUUUUCACGCUUGGUGCACAGCAAAUAGUUAUAAUGAAACAGUUCAAAUUAAUGGACGAAAAUGAGGAUCAGGUCAUUUAUUUACAGGUUAUUGAGGGCAUGGAUCGAGCUAUGACAGGUAUGUGCGAAGGUGAACGUAGAAAAGUGGUGAUUCCAUCUGAUCUUGGGUAUGGCGAUAAUGGACGUCCACCUUCAAUACCCGGAAAAGCCACUCUUUACUUCGACAUUGAGCUGAAGAAAUUAAUUAAGCACGAUGAACUAUAA